GCGCAUGCGCAGGGAAACCUCCGCGCAUGCUCAGUGGAGUCUCGCUGCUUCGUUGAGGGGCUGCUGUGGGUCUCUCUUUGCGUUCCUGGGUAGGCUCGAAAUUAAUUUAAAUAAGAAGGUGGCGCUUUUUUGUUCUUAAUUCAGUUUGUGAGCGUACUGAUGUUGAUGCCAGCCUGCUGUUAAAGGUGCAAGGAAGAUUUUGAACCAAGAUGGCCACCCGACGGAUGACGCGGGAGUCUUUUGAUGCCCUCAUGCAGGUCAAGGCAAAACGGUAUCGUCUGGACCGAAGCGACCCCAUUGAUGAGGCUCUCCAUCAACUUAGAGUUCAUUCCCAUCCAGCCUCGGGGGCCCGGUAUGAGGACAAGGAUGAGGAUUUUCAGGAUGACGGGAAGUACGUGCGUAGUGACUGGAGAGAAGGUGCUAGAGAAGCCCCUAGAGAAGACUAUUCAGUGCCUCCCUAUAGAUCCGCCAGCCACGUCACAGAGGAGAAAGAAGAGGAGGAGGAUUACUACACCCAAUUGUCUGCACAGACCCAAGACUAUGUGCAGCCAUCUUCUCGCAAACGAGACUAUGGCAGUUCAUCUUCUGUGGAAAGGAACUACGCCGGCCCAUCUACCAGAGAGCAGGACUAUGGGAACCCAGCUUCUCGGAAGCGGGACUUUGACCGUGUCCCCUCUCGAGAGCCUUCCAGGCUCCAUGACGUCGACAGACGCCGACAGAAUUCUGGAAAAGUGUUGGGUGAUUUCCGGUCGCCAGGGCUCUUAGAAGAGGAAUUUGGGGCUGUGCAGCGUCAUGAUUAUGACCAGGAAUACAGGCUUGAGCCCGAGAGAGAAUUCAUCUCCUCUUUGCAUGCCAGAAGGGAUCUGCGGGGAAAGCGCAGCAUGGCAUCUCGAGGCAUGGUCAAAAAUAAGAUGGACACCGGUUCUCCUGUCAAGAAAUGGGGGGCUCAGAGUUUGUCCCCAACGGAUGAUCUACUGAGAGACCCCAUCAACCAUUCCAAGAGGAAAACUGUCCCUUCUCAGCGGCCGCAACUUAGCCAGAGACCGCAUCUGCCCCCCCAAAGGGGCACCCUGCAAUAUAGGAACCUGAACCUCACAAAAUACACCCAGGGCAAAGAGGUGAACUUGGAACUCACUGGCCCCUCGGACAUUUUUACAACCUUUGGGGUCGAAAUCAUUAAAUGGGCCGGCUUCAACGAGAUCAGAAAAGACCCAGAGUAUUCUGAACUGUACCGGGUUCUCUUCACACUGGAGACGGAGACUUGCGCCAAGAUGCUGGCCUCGUUCAAGUGCUUGCUGAAGGCUGAGCACCAGGACUUCUGCUUGUCCGUUGUCCAGUGUCUGCAACACGCAGCGCUGAGGACGCCCAAAGUUGACAAACAGUUCUUAAAUCUGCUCUUGAAGAAAAAGGUGGUGAAGACGAAGAAUUGCUUCUACGAGUUGAUCAAGCCUUUUGACUGGUACAUGAGGCGGCUCCAAUUUUACUUGCUGAAGAGCACCACACCCCUCUUGAUGGCCUGCAAUGCCUAUGAGCUGAACAUCAAGUCCAGCAGCUUCAAUGAGCCGGGGCAGAUGGCAGCCGCUUUCGAGACCACUGUGUCCCUCUGCCGCAAAUCCUUGGCCCUCCUGGGGCAAACCUUCGCCCUGGCCUCUGAGUUCCGGCACGAGAAAAUCCUUGAAGCCAUUGGCCUCCAGGAAGCGGCCCCUAAGCCCACCAUGUUCCCCAAUUUUGACACCUCUGCUUUGUUUGGAAGGGAGUACAUCGAGCACUUGCAGAGCUGGCUGGAGAAAAGCGACUACCAGAUGCAGUUAAAGAGGCCAGCUGCAGAGACCCAGGCUCCGGGCCAGAGGGGUGUUCCGGAAACGAGACCGAAAAUUAAGAUCCCGCAACGUGCUGAUCGGAAGGUCACUGAGACAAUUGAGAAGCUGGUGAACAGCAUCAUUUCCGGCAUGCUUACGGGAAGAGGGAGAGCUGAGCUGAAAGGCAACCCAGAGUAUUGGUUCUUGUAUGAAGAGGAAAGCCUGGAGCACAAAUAUUACAAGCUGAAGCUGGCCGAGAUGAAGCGGCUGAUGUCCACCGUGAAAGAAGAGCCGAAGGAGGAGAAGAGCCCCGAGCAGCGGGCCUCGGAUGCUGUGCGGGCUUUGCUGUAUGCGAGGAAAGUUGCCAGCGUCAAAAAGAAGCUCUUCCGGAGGAGGCGGCCUGGGAUCCUCCAGCGGGCAAUGGCAGCUCGGAAGGCGGGGAGGGCCACCAUCGGGACCCAGACGCUCCUGUCUGCGGGGACGGUGCUGAAGCAGCAGCAGCCACCCCAGAGCCCCACAGCUGCCUCGGCGGAGCCUUCCUUGGACAAGGCCGGGGCCUGCGACUCGGCCACUGAUCUGGAAGAGGCCCCAGCCCCAGGGGAGGUUUUGGGUGCUGCCGGCUCGCCAGGACUCCCUGGGGAUCCCCAGCCGUUAGUGUGCCAGUUCCCCGAUGUGGAUCCCAAAACGAUGGUAACAGCUGAGAGACUGGCCAAGUUCGUCGCUGAGGUUGGCCCAGAAAUUGAGCAAUUUAGUAUUGACAACAGUGCGGAUAACCCUGACCUGUGGUUUUUACAUGAUCGAGAAAGCUCGGCAUUCAAGUUUUAUCGGUUGAAAGUGUACGAGCUCUGCCCCUCCAUCAGCUUCAGCGAUGUGCAAGAAUCCACUGGCAAGAGGCCUGAGCCGAUGGAGGGUGGCUGGGAGAACUUGGAGGAGGAGGAGGAAGAGGAAGAAGAGGCCCUCCAAUCUGGAGCAGAGGAGGAGGAGAAGGAGGGGGGAGCAACAGUGUCGGAAGAGGGGCCUGCCCGAGCGGAGGCCUCUAGUGCAUCUGAGGAAGGGCAGCCAGGCUCUGCACCCACAGGGAUGUCUGCACAGGUGCUCCCCCAGGGCACCCCCUUCGGGCGCAAGAGGAUCAGUAGCAAAUCCUUGAAAGUGGGCCUGAUCCCAGCGUCAAAGAGGGUCUGCCUCAUCAACGAACCCAAAGUUCAUGACCCUAUCAGGAUCUCGUACGACCGACCUGGUGGCCGUCAAUCAUUUGCAAAUAAGAAGUGGCAGAAGUCAAAGAAUUUGGAGUUUUCACACAAGAAGCUGAGCCAAAGAAACGUUGGCUUCCAGAUGCUCCAGAAAAUGGGCUGGAGAGAAGGGCGUGGGCUUGGCGUACGCAGCCAGGGCAUCAAGGACCCUGUCAAAGUGGGCUCUACCUCAGGAGGGGAGGGCUUGGGUGCGGCAGGGGACGAGAACAAAGAGGACACCUUUGCUACUUUCCGUCAGAGGAUGAUCCAGAUGUACUAACUGAAAAGAGCCAGUAAAUAGGGCCUGGUUAAAGAAUCUGAUGAUUUGUUGGAGGUGGCGAGUGGCCCUCUUGAAGACUCCUCCCCCACACACCUAGUCCUUGCUUCACUAAAUACAGUCGCUGCCGUAAUGACGGCAAAGACUCACAUUGACGAAGAGGACACCCUUUAGAAUGUUAAGUCACACAAAAGGAAACCCCACUUGCAAAGCGACUGGCUGGCAUCCCAAUUUGAAUGUAACACUCUUUGAAUGUUUUUUUAAAAAGUACUUUCUCACCAUGCCACUUUCCUUGGGAGUUCUGAAAUAACAGAAUUUGCCACUGGAUCUCUCCACUGGAUCUUUCCUCCUGGCUUUCCUGUAAAAUACUGCUUCAGUUUGUUGACAGGACAAAAGCAUGUACUAUUUGUUAUUCCCAACGCUCUUGCAGUUCUGAACAUUCUUUCCCCACAGCCACCCAUUUGUGUAGAUCUUGUGAUGUGCAGGAUUAUUUCCACCACCAUCCUCCUUCAAAAAGUUGGCUUCAUGUGCAAUGGGAGACCCUUUCCUACUUUGGUUCAGUGAGUUCCUGAUUGCUCACUUGGAAUGAGCUUUUCUGUGCCAGGAAACGCCAAAUUACAGAGCCCGGCGUUGACGCUAGCUUGAGUUUCAUGCUGUCAAGCACAUGUGGUGCAUUGUGUGUCUUACCCGCAUUUUCAGAGAAAUUCAAGCGUCGUUCGUGUGAACUGGUUGGCUCCAUCGUUGUUUGAGCUGAGAUGUUUGCUGCCGCAAGUGAGAUAAUUGAAGAAUCGUAGGAGAUCCCCUAUCCUUCGCUCUGCUGGAUCCAGUUCUGUCAAGUGGAAGCUGCCUUGAAAGUCUGGCCAGCCUCUCUCGUUAAGCCUUCCUGUGUUUGUAACUACUUUAUUUCUAGGAGUGUUUAAUUUCUCUUUCCUGUGCAUAGUUAGGUGUUGCAUUUAAAAAGAGAAAUAUAUCUAUAUAUUGGAGCUCUGUCCGACUUGGCCUUUUUGCCAAAUGACCUGGUCUAACCUUCUCUGAGUCUGAAUGCCGUUUUCUCUUGCCCUUAAAUGGGUUGGAAUGGUCUGGAGAGUACCUUUUUAAAAAAGUAUUAUUUAAUGUGAAGCUUCUACUGUGCUCAACCACACUUUUGUGUGUUUUUAAAUUUUAGUCUCAGUCUUUCAUGUAGCUAGGAACUUUUUUUCUCUUGACUUCAGAAACUUGCAGAGAGUGAGAUGGCUGCUUAACGAAAUGUAUUCUCUCACGUUUUGGGGGGAGGGACAGGUUCUCUUUCCCAACUGGUUUUAUGCCCUUCGUGGCUUGAACCUAAUUCUUGGGUGUCAAUUUAAGAAUGUUCAUAUUCAGAUUAGUGAAAUAAAAUGGCUGUGGGUUUUUUUUAAACCCAGUUUUGGUGGGGUGGCCCUGAUAUUUUAAGCUCGCUUCAGAGCUGCAUAACGAACUCCUUAAAAAGAUGGAACGCUACUUCUGGGGUGAGACCAAAGAGGAAACCUUUUAAUCCUCCUGCCCUCCAUGAUAACUGUGAUUACAGCCAAUCUUCCUUUAUGCUAAGAUUUGGUUUGGGACAUCAUUUAAUGGAGCAACACUGGUGUCUUUAAAUUCCCUUUGUUGCUUUCCGCUGCAAAACUUUUUGGGUUAUUUGAAAACCAAGAUUCUCUCCAUUUGUGUGUGUCUCUAAUGACCUGCUUUUAGCAGGUCAACUUCGGCCAGGGAACAUCAGAAUGCAUUUGCAAAAAAAAUUAAACAAUAAUUUCCACUUGGUAGCCUUGUCGGUUCACUGGUUUUUCUUAUUCUAGUUUUCCAGGCUCUCUCACGAAGACCACAAGCACCCACGAACGCUUUCUGAUCCCGUCACUAGGGCAUGAGUGUUUUUUCUCCUCCCCCCCCCCACUCUUGGUUUUGGAAUUAUUAUUUUUUUAGUGAUUCUUGCUCAGAAUACUUUUUCUCCCACCCUUUCCUGUGGUAUCAUAACAGUAUUGACCAAUAAUAGAGAGAAGUUUGUUAGCUGAUACAACAUUUCUUUUAAAAAAGUUUAAUGGCAUGUAAUCCUUUUUUAACAAAAG